GUCUUUUGACUACAUUUGUUUCCUCUGUUUUUCUUGCCUUUUCUCUUCUCUUUCUCUCUCUCGAUAUAUACCUCUUCGAGAUCCAGAGAGGAAGAAAGUGAGAGAGACAGAGAUUAAGACAGAGAGAGAGGGAGAGACAGCUCUGAAGCUACAAUGGCGGUUUCUCUGAGGUGGUUUUCUCUGUGUUUUGUGCUGCCGUUGUUGAUUGUUGCAGUAAUGGCUGGAGUGGGAGAGGCGAUUUCAGAUGCGAGGAUCAAAGAAGCAGAGCUGUUGCAGAGAUCAAAGAACUUAUCAACCGCCGGGAGGAAUGAACAUGCCGUCGACAAUCCGGAGGAAGUCGCUUCCAUGGUGGACAAGAGCAUACGCAACAGCACCGAAAGGAGGAAGUUGGGCUACCUGUCCUGUGGCACAGGCAAUCCCAUUGAUGACUGCUGGCGCUGUGACCCAAACUGGAACGCCAACCGCAAGCGCCUCGCUGACUGCGGCAUUGGCUUUGGGCGCAAUGCCAUCGGUGGUCGUGACGGCCAAUUCUAUGUGGUUACCGACCCUCGUGAUGAUGACCCAGUCAACCCUCGACCUGGCACCCUCCGCCAUGCAGUCAUCCAGGACGUUCCUUUGUGGAUCGUGUUCCACCGCGACAUGGUUAUCACUCUCAAGGAGGAGCUCAUCAUGAACAGCUUCAAGACCAUUGACGGCCGUGGUUCCAACGUUCACAUUGCUAAUGGGGCAUGCAUCACCGUCCAGUUUGUUACCAACAUCAUCAUCCAUGGACUACAUAUCCACGACUGCAAGCCCACUGGCAAUGCCAUGGUCCGGAGCUCCCCAUCUCACUAUGGGUGGAGGACAAUGGCCGACGGUGAUGCCGUCUCCAUCUUUGGAGCUAGCCAUAUCUGGGUUGAUCACAACUCUCUCUCCCACUGCGCUGAUGGCCUUGUGGAUGCUGUCAUGGGCUCGACUGCCAUCACCAUCUCUAACAACCACUUCGCCCACCAUAAUGAGGUAAUGUUGUUGGGUCAUAGUGAUUCCUACACAAAAGACAAGGAGAUGCAGGUGACCAUUGCUUACAACCAUUUUGGGGCAGGUCUCAUUCAGAGGAUGCCAAGGUGUAGGCAUGGGUAUUUCCAUGUGGUGAACAAUGACUACACUCACUGGGAAAUGUAUGCAAUUGGGGGAAGUGCAAACCCAACCAUCAAUAGUCAGGGAAACAGAUACCUUGCCCCAACUGACGCUUUUGCCAAGGAGGUGACAAAGAGGGUGGAUACAGCUACAGGUGUGUGGAAGAGCUGGAACUGGAGGUCAGAGGGAGACAUGAUGUUGAACGGAGCCUAUUUCACCCCAUCUGGAGCUGGGGCCUCAGCCAGCUACGCAAGAGCCUCAAGCCUUGGAGCCAAAUCCUCUUCCAUGGUAGCCUCUAUGACAUCUGGUGCUGGUGUUCUCAGCUGCCGCAAGGGAGGGCAGUGCUAGUUAACCUCUCAAUCCAUAUAAAAGGAAAAGUCACAACAAGAAUUUAAAUUAUUAUUUUUUUCUUCUACCAUUAUAGCAGUAUCCAGUAAGCUCUGAUUCUGGUUGUCUUCCAUUAUCUGUCAUGUGAUAUCUCUAGUCCAAUUUGAAAAGCCCAAUUGUCCAUUAUUCCUCAGUAUUCCACUGGGAGUUGUAUCUUUUUUUUCUCGGUGUCAUUGCUCAACCUCGGCCUGCUUCAACUUGAGGAAACUAAAUUACCUUCUUCCUUUGGAGCAGGUGCGGAAGUGUUGUUCAUUGCUUUUUUUUUUUCCCUCUUCAAAUCCCCACAUUACCCACACCCACUUUGGCUUCUCCCCUCCAUGCCUCAGUUCUCAGUGUCUGCCUCUACAAAAUAUUUAGAUUUCCUAGUUUACAGUGACCAAGAAAUUUGUAAUUCAUUUUUCUUUUCUUUUAUUUUAUUUUAUUUUAGUUUUCUUUCAAAAUGAUACCUCUGCAUAGUGUGAAUGAAGAUUUGAGUAUUGGAAACUUUGUCACA